GAAGUCCGACAACUCAGUGGAGAUCGAGGCGCCGCGGACGCAGGUUCUCUUGCGACGAAACUCUCGGACACAUAGCACUUGGUACUCGCCAUGGUUUCGACCGCCGAUUCCCCCGAACCCCCGAACCCCGAGGCCCAGCUGGCGCCUAGUGACGCCCAUGUCGUGGAUGAAACCCUAAAGACUCUGACCAAGAUCCUGGAGGAACUCGCGAAGGACGUCGACUCGCAGAUGGGGCUGGCCGACCUGCAGAGGGCGGUCGACGAGAUAGACAGGAACACGCUGGGCUACCUGGGAGAGGCUGGGAGAGGGCCCAAGCUGGACCAGCUGCGGACCGACCACACCCUCGUCCGCCACGCCUACCGCAGGAGUACUGAGCAGAUGCUCGAGUGGAGUGCCUUCGCCGCCAGCACCCUGGAGACCCUGAUUCCCCUCCUGGACGAGCCAGUCGCCUCUCCGGCAGACCAGGACCGGUUCUGGCGGACGGUUGCCGGAGCACUCGGCACUGGCCUGGAGAGGGCAGGAACUUCCCUCAACCACCUACAGGGCUUGGAGGCCACCGCUCUGGAGAAGCAGUUCCGGGACAUGCUCGAGAGUCUCCGGCACGACUUCGGCCCGGACGGCGUCUACGGCAGGAGGAUGCGGGAGCUGAAGGCUCCCCCAGCUGACAAGGAGCCUCCAGCCAAGCAGACCCGACUGCAACCAGGUGCCAUAGAGACAGGAGAGGAGCUCUCGGAGAAGCCCUUGCAGGAGAGCCCUCCUCCAGGCUCCCUCCAGGAAUCAAGCUGCGCCGCCGAGGGUCUGGUGGUAGGGGACGUGGCAGAACACGCUUCCAAGGGAGAGCCAGCGGGGAUAUCUAAGUGGUGUCAGAAGAUCGGAUUUGGAAGCAACCCCAAGCCGAAGUCAAAGCCGAAGCCAGUCGACCAAGAAGAGCUGGGCAGGAUCGAGACCCUCCAGCGAGUCCUGACUGAGAACAUUGAAGAUGCCAUUGCCUUCACGAAAAAGCUGAUCCACCGCCUGGAGGCCGACAAGAGGAGGCUCGCCACUCUCGGCCAGCUCAACUCCAGGAACCAGAAUGCAGGCACGCUUCUGGUGGCCCAUCCGGAGCUGCGGGAUGGUCUAGUGCCACGUCUGAAGGUUCUGAAGAGGGCGUGUCUCUCCUACAGGGAGCUGCGCUGCGGAUGACUUGCUGUGAAUGGAAUAUUCGAGUAUCCGUGUACUCCGUACCAGGCACUAUUUGCGAAUAAAGCCAAACCAAGAUCCGUC